AUGAUCAACGCAGUGCUCGUGUUCAAUAAUAAUGGCCAGCCCCGUCUAACAAAGUUCUACACUCAACUGGACACGCAGACCCAGCAAUCUCUCAUCGCGCAGAUCUAUCGCCUGGUAGCGCAACGUCCACCAAGCGCCUGUAACUUCCUCCCUCUUCCGCCCCUUCUCUCCCAAGGCGCCAGCUCCUCCGCCACCGGCCCCUCCGACACCCCCACCCAAAUUACAUACCGCACCUACGCAACCCUGUCUUUCAUCAUGAUCUCCACCUCCACCGAAUCUCCACUGGCUCUGAUCGAUCUGAUCCAAGUCUUCGUCGAGAGUCUGGACCGCAUGUUCGAGAACGUCUGUGAACUGGAUCUGAUUUUCGGCUACGAGACUCUGCACGCAGUCCUUGGUGAGAUGAUCGUCGGCGGUGUCGUCGUUGAGACACAUAUUGAGAAAAUCAUCGCUGGUGUACGUGCUCAAGAAGGCUCGUUGGGUAAGAAGCGUGCCGUCCAGGCUGCUAAUGCCAGUCUGGGGCGCGGGGCUUUGCCUGGUUUGGGGGCGUGGCGAUGA